AUGUCCACUCAGUCGCAGAAAGAUAAGUUGGGGUUGUCCAUUUUAAACCUUUAUAAGAGCAACCGUUCACUUUUUUUGAAUUCUUCGUAUGUUAUCCUUAUAACACUUGCGUUUUCCAGUGCUACUAGUAAAGGUAGUGAUUCUUCACCGGACAAUAAGAAAAAGAGCCUUGACUCGGCGGUACCCAACGACUCCUCGUUGCUGAAGAAGGCAAGCCCCAGGAUUUCUAAAGAUGCUGCCAGAAGGCUCUUCCACCUGGCGAUCCCGAAGUACAAUAACCCCGCAAUCUACCAUUUGCUUGCACAUUUGGUGUUAUUGGUGGUUAGAGCCUUUUUGACAAUCAAGGUGGCCACUUUGGACGGUAAGUUGGUCGGUGCUCUUGUCACUAAGAAGUUGAAAAGGUUUAGUAGAUUGUUGGCAUUCUGGAUGUUCUUGGGUAUCCCGGCAUCCAUUGUGAAUUCUCUAUUAACAUGGACUCAGUCUAACUUUAGAAAGCUGUUGAGAGAAAACAUGAAUAAUAGUAUAAUGGAAGGAUACCUACCAGAUAACUUAGACCCCAACUAUUACUCGUUGAUUCAACUAAGUGACAAUAAGAUCAAAGAUCCAGAUCAGAGAAUCAGUACUGAUGUUGCUAGAUUGGCAAGUGCCUUGGCAUCGUUGCCUGGUCAACUUUUAAAGCCAACGUUGGAUUUGAUGCUUUGCGCAAGAGAAUUAGGGAAAAGUGGUGUAGGAAGUGGUGAGGGAACUUUGGCCUUGGGUCUUUUAGCUCACUUUUCAACUAUCAUCUUGAGAUUCUUUUCUCCACCUUUUGCUAAGUUAGCCAGUGAAAAGGCUAACUUAGAAGGUCAAUUAAGAUCUGCUCAUUCCAAGAUCGUCACCAACAGUGAGGAAAUUGCAUUCUUAAGAGGUCACCACAGAGAAUUGGACUAUGUUGAUAUUUGUUAUUAUCAAUUGGAAAAGUUCUUAAAAAUGGAAAUGUGGAAAAAGGCAGUUCACGAAAUUGCUCAAACUUUCAUUGUUAAAUACUUUUGGGGGGCCGCUGGGUUGGUGUUGUGUUCGGCACCAGUCUUUAUCAACAAAUACUUGGGCAAGGAACCAGACUCGUCUGCCUCAGGAGAUUUCAUUACUAAUAGAAGAUUAUUAUUAAGUGCGCUGGAUAGUUUGGAUCGUUUAAUUUACUCGAGAAGAUUCUUGUUACAGGUUGUUGGACAUGCCACCAGAGUAAGUGAUUUCCAAGAUGUAUUACAUGAUAUUCAACAAAGAAGAAUUGAAUUGGAGAACCUGAAAAAUAAAAAUAAAGAUGAGGAUAACGUCACUUAUGGAGAUGAAAUUACAUUCAAAGACGUUAGAUUGGUUACUCCUGCCGAUGUUACAUUAAUUGAAAAGUUAAACUUUUCAAUUAAGCAUGGGCAACAUUUAUUGAUUGCUGGACCAAAUGGAUCUGGUAAAUCAUCAUUAUUCCGUAUGCUUGGUGGAUUAUGGCCCUGUAAGGAAGGAGAAAUUACCAUUCCUACCACAGAAAAUAUGUUUUACCUUCCACAAAGAGCAUAUCUCUGUAAAGGUACCUUAAGGGAACAAGUUAUCUACCCACAUACAAUUGAACAAUACACUUCUGGUAUCAGGGGUAAGAAGGAUUCAGAUCUUGAGUCUAUUAUGGAGAUCUUGAAGCUUAAAGACCUUUUGAUCGGUGACAAACCUUGGGACACCGUCAGAAACUGGAAUGAAGAGCUUUCUGUUGGAGCACAACAGAGAUUAGCUAUGGCAAGAUUAUACUACCAUCAACCUAAAUUUGCGGUCUUGGAUGAAUGUACCUCAGCAGUAUCUCCAACAAUGGAGCAAUUUAUGUACGAACAUGCACAAGAAUUAGGCAUUUCAUUACUUUCGGUUGCCCACAGACCUGCUUUAUGGCAUUACCACAACUAUUUAUUAAAAUUCGACGGUAAAGGUGGUUACUUCUUUGGAGAAUUAGAUGCUGAGAAGAGAUUGAAAAUUGAAGAAGAAAGGUUAGUAUUGGAAAAGAAUCUCAGAGAUGUUCCUACUUUAAGAGAGAGAUUACAAGAGUUGAAGAAGGUUAGUAACGCUCAUCAUUUGAAGUAUACUGCUUCGCAAAAGAAUCUUAUAGACCUUAACAGAGAAGUGGAUGAAGAGAAAUAA